AUGUCAGCUGGCAAUAAACUUCAAAGUUUACAAGGUCUACGAGGAAUCUCAAUAAUUCUCGUUUUGAUUUUUCAUCUAUUCCCAAAAAGUUUUGCCAAUGGAUUUGUUGGAGUGGAUAUGUUUUUCGUGUUAUCUGGAUAUCUCAUGACUCGAAUUCUCUCCAAAGAAUUCACGCUUCAGUCAGUUGUGAACUUCUAUAAAAAGCGAUUCAGCCGAAUAGUGCCACUUUAUUAUUUCACUAUUCUUGCCACAAUUCUAGGUGUUCUCUGUCUGGUUCUGAAAUCAGAACGAACUGAAUUUCUACAAGAUAUCAAAUGGUGUCUCUCACUUCUAUCCAACUACCAACCCAUUUUCGAACAUCAUUCAUACUGGGAUCAAAUCUCCACAAUCCGUUUUCUUACCCAUCUUUGGUCACUCGCAACUGAGUUACAGUACUAUCUGAUGGUUCCAAUAAUUCAUUUUAUUGCUUCAAAUUUGCCGUUCUUCAAUCGAAUUCUUGCAUAUUCGCUUGCAAUUCUCAUCCUUUUCUUCUUCCAACUUCUCACUCCAUUUGAACUUUCUUACUGCUUUCUGGCAUCAAGAGUUUGGCAAUUUCUAUUGGGUUCCGUAGCUUUUGAGCUCUCUCAAAAAAAUGAUGAAGUGAUGGAUUUAUGUACAGAAAAGAAGAGAAAAGAAGAAAAGUUCAAUGUGAUUGAUGGCUUUCCAUAUUUAUUGCUGGCUAUUAUAACUACAGUAGUCACAUUUCCUUGGAUUUUUGGAGAACAUUCAACAAGAUUGAUUAUGUCAUUGUCUGCCGCAGUUCUAUGUUUUCUUUGUGGGAAAUUAGAAAACUCCUUUUUAACACUGCAACCUCUAGUCUUCAUCGGAGACAUCUCUUACGCGACCUACCUAAUCCAUUGGCCUGUCAUCAAGUUUUUCGAGUACAUCCAACAAAAAGAUAAUAUUGGACUGAAUGCCUACGAAGCGACUACUGCUGUUCUUGUAGUGUUUGCUCUAUCUCUACUGUGUCAUUAUGCAUUGGAGCGGACCCUUCUUCGCCUCGACUUCUAUGUGAACUUCACAAUUUCUGUCUUCGUUAUCGGAAUAUGUUUAUCAUUGUAUCCAUUGGUGGAACACAGUCAAUGUUUUGCAAUUGAGACACUCCCGGAUUCCACAAUUGAAAAAAUUGAAUUCAAUUUCAAUUCCUCUAAUAUUAUAACUGAAACCUCGGAGCUGGAGUGUGAUUAUAACGAGACAACUGUUGAUUUGGCAAUCGAUAAGUUUGGAAUUGAAUAUUGUUCUCAUAAAAGCAAUGGUACCGGUAUAAUUAUGGUCAUAGGGAAUUCCUUGGCAAUCAGAGCAUUUUCCACAAUUUUCAAUCUUUUUGACGGACAGUAUGAAGAAAUUCGGUUGUUUGCCAAGCAUGGUGGAGCUCCUCUUCUGGAAAUGGCUCCGUACUAUAACCAGGCAGUUCUGGAUAUGGCAGAAGAAAUCAAUCCAGAUCUGAUUUGGAUCGUCCAAGGAAUGAAUGAAAUACAUUUUAAUAAACUCGACAGUAUACCGAACGAUCUCGAUGAAGUUGUUCAGAGUACAAUGAAUAAAUUCAAGAAGAUGGCCAAGUUGAUUUAUGUCGAUCUUCCCUAUUAUGUCAUUAAUGUUAUUCCAUCGAACAUCAUUGGAAGAAGUUUGAUAUUCAGGAAAGAUAUCGAUGAGAAUUUGUCGAUUAGUUUGGAAAAAGUAGCUGAGCAAGUUAGAAGACAAACAGAUCGAUUAUUGGGAAUGAAUUGCAGUAAUUGCUAUUUCAAUGAUAUUCAGAAAGCUCUGACAAACGAUCAAGAUGCAUUUUAUCUGUAUGAAAAAGAGAGUUACAAAUCACUAGUUUAUGAUGGAUCCCAUUUAUCAACUGCCGGUUACGAGUAUCUGAAGCCACUCUAUCAAAAACGGAUAGAUCGUUUUUAUGAAAUGUUGAAUUCUGAAAGAAAUUUUGGAAUUUGA